UCAAAUGUUUCCGACCAACCGGUAGGACAUCAACGUGUGCGCGAAGCAAAGCAGAGAUUUUGGGGAAUUUAAAAAAAAAAAAUUGGGAAUCUUUUUGUGUAUUAAAAAAAAGCCAACAUGUUGGAUAAACACCUGAGUGGCGAAUGACUUACGGAGGUCAAGAAGUGAGACGUCAACCGAGAGCAGCAGCAGCAGAGGCCGGGCCAGGAUGAACCUGAUCGGGGGCUACCAGCACCACCACCACCAUCAUCACCACCACCUCAUGCACGAACCCUUCCCGUUCGUGCAGCGCUGCCACCAGGAUGCGCCCUACUUCCAGAGUUGGGUGCUCAACCACGGCGAGGUGCCUCCAGACUUCCAGAUCCAGACGCCCUACCCGGCCGGCACGGAUCUCACGCCGGCCGCCUCCGUCGCCGCCGCCUCGCAGCACGAUCACGGCCGCCUGGAGGGUCUGCAAUCGGGCAUGACCAAGCGUCGGACGGCGGGGCCCAAAAAGGAGCGCCGACGGACAGAGAGCAUCAACACGGCGUUCGCCGAACUUCGGGAGUGCAUCCCUAACGUGCCCGCUGAUACGAAACUGUCGAAAAUCAAGACGUUACGCCUGGCAACCAGUUACAUCGCGUACCUGAUGGACGUGCUGGCCAAAGACGCCGGAGACACGGAAGGCUUCAAGGCCGAAAUUAAGAAAUUUGAAAACCGGGAUCUGAAACGGAAAAGGGACAUGAACGAAGGUCCACCACAGGACUCGUUCGGCACCGAGAAGAAGGUGAAGGGUCGGACCGGGUGGCCGCAGCAGGUUUGGGCUUUGGAGCUCAACCAAUGACACCGUACGUUCCCAAUAAAAGAGCGUAAAAACCACUUGUGCGAACGUACGUGAACGCAUUAAUCGCCUGAGCAAAAAGGACCGUUAUCCGUCUGUACUGCUUUGUUUGUUUGAUAAAAAAAGGGAAUGACUUAUCCCUCAGUCUUGUUGUAAUGCAAACAUCCCAUGGAAUAAGUUUAAGUUAUGGUUAAAACAAAAAAAAAAGUAAAUUAUUCUUUUUCUUUUAUCACAAGUUUUGUAAUUGCAUCACGUGUACUGUCUUUUUCGCAACUUUAUUUUGGGAUUUAGAUUAAUCUGUACGUUAUUUUUGUGGGGCACAUCUUCUUUCAUGGUAUAUUAUUGGUCAUUUUUUUGUGAAUUCUGUGUUCAUUACACAUAUUCAAGUUGCUCAGUUAUGUUAAAAGAAUCGAACGGUAAAUAUCAAAGGACAGUGUUCGUGCUAUUUUCAUAGGAGUGUGAAACCAUACUCAGGCAAAAAUACAUAAUUGUAUUGUUUUUUUUCUUUUGGCUGUUAUUGUAUUUGUUGUAUAAUAAGAACGCCAAUCUACCUCAACGUGCUUACUGUCCGCUUGAAUCGACUGACCCACGAGAAUGUUGUUCACGUUAAACAGCCGCUUGCCACUCCCAAAUGACAAGGAAAACCACCAUUUCAACUGUUUAUGUGUAUUAAUUGUGCGAAAUGUGGAUUUAUGGGAAUGUACGUUAGACGUGAAGUUAUAUAAUAAAUUGAUAUUUUAUGGGG